CAGGCCCAGAUCCAGACGGUGUAAACGAAUUUCGAAUGGAAUUUGCUUAAACCCCAACUUGCCCAGAAAAGGGAAGCGCCAUUAAAACCCCCACUCAUCUUCUUCGCCAUUUUUUUUUUUUUUUGCUGUCUUUAAGCGUCCACCUUUCUCUGCUCUGCCCAAACACUCUUUCUCACUUGCUCUCCCAUGGUUUCCACUACUUCCGUCAUCGCCUGGGGCGCAGGAGAAGACGGCCAGCUGGGAAUCGGAAACAACGAAGAGAAAGAAUGGCUUUGCGUCGUCAAAGCUCUCGAGCCCUAUAAUGUUCGUUCUGUGGUCGCCGGUAGUCGCAACUCCCUCGCUAUCUGCGAUGACGGCAAGCUGUUCACGUGGGGGUGGAACCAGAGAGGGACCUUAGGUCACCCACCGGAAACCAAAACGGAGAACGUUCCUAGUCAGGUUAAGGCUCUUACAAAUGUCAAAAUUGUUCAGGCGGCUAUUGGUGGCUGGCACUGUUUGGCUGUUGAUGAUCAAGGCAGAGCUUAUGCCUGGGGCGGGAAUGAGUAUGGGCAAUGUGGGGAAGAACCUGAGAGGAAAGAUGACACAGGAAGGCCUUUGAGAAGGGACAUUGUGAUUCCUCAACGAUGUGCCCCGAGGCUUGUAGUUCGCCAGGUGGCUGCAGGAGGUACUCACUCUGUGGUGCUCACACGUGAAGGGCAUGUAUGGACCUGGGGUCAGCCAUGGCCUCCUGGAGACAUAAAACAAAUAUCUGUUCCUGUACGAGUACAAGGUCUUGAAAGUGUUAAGAUAAUUACUGUUGGAGCAUUUCAUAAUUUGGCUCUCCAAGAUGAUGGUGCUUUAUGGGCAUGGGGUAAUAAUGAAUACGGACAACUUGGAACUGGUGAUACACAGCCAAGAUCACAGCCUAUUCAAGUUCAAGGGCUCUCUGAUCUUACUCUGGUUGAUAUUGCUGCAGGAGGAUGGCAUUCGACUGCUCUGACUGAUACAGGAGAGGUGUAUGGUUGGGGAAGAGGGGAACAUGGGAGGCUUGGGUUUGGUGAUAAUGACAAGAGCAGUAAAAUGGUGCCUCAAAAGGUUAAUCUCUUAGCUGGCGAGGACAUUGUUCAGGUAUCUUGUGGUGGAACUCACUCGGUUGCAUUGACACGUGAUGGCCGAAUGUUUUCAUUUGGUCGAGGUGACCAUGGACGCCUUGGAUAUGGGAGGAAGGUGACUACGGGUCAACCAAUGGAGGUGCCCAUAAAUAUCCCACCACCUAUGAGUGUUGGUGACAGUGGAGAUGAUAACCGCUGGAUUGCAAAACUUGUUGCCUGCGGUGGUCGCCACACUUUGGCGGUUGUAGAAUGGAAGAGAGACUAAUUUAAGCAGUUGUCAAGUAAAUGUAUAAAAAAUGUCUAGUAUAAACCCUAGUUUUGCUUGUUUACUUCUGAGAAAAAUGAAUAUUGAGGUAAAGAAGUUAAUAUAGAACGGACAACCUGUUUGUGUCAUUUGGGUAAGUUGGUUUUGUAUUUUCUUGCGAAUGACUUUUUGUCUUUUAAUGAUUUAUAAAUGCACUUCUUAUGCCAAACGCAAAA